CUUUCCUGUCUCUGCAUCAAGGAAAUAGGUCACAUUUCAGAGAAACUAGUCAACAACCAGAUUCGUUGACAGAAGGUGGUAACUAGGGGCACUGGUGACUGGGCCUGGACCCUGUCCCCUGACUGCCUUCGCACCCCCUAGGCCCUGGCACCCAGGCAGGUCUUUCCCUCCAUGGCACUUGGCCCUCCAAAGGACUGAAGAAGGCUGAGGGAGGCAAGGAAGCCUUUGGGCCUAGACCCUUGGAACCUUCAGAGCUCUACAUUUAGGACCAUUUCUCUUUGUGGGACCUGGAAACUCUCCCCCUACCACUCUUUAUCAGUUCUGCUCCAGCCUAGACAUCACUCUGAAAUUCUGAGAGUGGAGAAGGCUGGGCCAGCAUGGGGGCUGGGUAUUCGAGUAACUAGGUUGUACUCUCCGGGAGUCCACAAUGCCAGACGCAGCUGCUCACCUGCCCUUCUUCUAUGGGAGCAUCUCGAGAGCGGAAGCAGAGGAACACCUGAAGCUGGCAGGUAUGGCAGAUGGGCUCUUCCUGCUGCGCCAGUGCCUCCGUAGCCUUGGGGGCUAUGUUCUCUCACUGGUAUAUGACCUGCAGUUCCACCAUUACCCCAUCGAGCGUCAGCUGAAUGGCACCUAUGCCAUUGCUGGAGGCAAGCCUCAUUGUGGUCCAGCCGAGCUCUGCGAGUUCUACUCUAAAGAUGCUGAUGGCCUCCCCUGUCCCCUGCGUAAGCCUUGCAACCGGCCCAGUGGUAUGGAGCCCCAACCAGGAGUCUUUGACAGUCUUCGAGAGACCAUGGUUCGAGACUAUGUGCGCCAGACCUGGAAACUAGAGGGUGAUGCCCUUGAGCAGGCCAUUAUCAGCCAGGCCCCCCAGGUAGAGAAGCUCAUUGCCACCACAGCCCAUGAGAGGAUGCCCUGGUACCACAGCUCCAUCUCCAGAGAGGAAGCAGAGCGUAAACUCUACUCAGGCUCCCAGCAUGAUGGCAAGUUUUUGCUCAGGCCCAGGAAGGAGCAAGGCAGCUAUGCUUUAUCCCUCAUCUAUGGCAAGACUGUCUAUCACUACCUCAUUAACCAGGACAAGUCUGGCAAGUACUGUAUUCCUGAGGGCACAAAAUUUGACACCUUAUGGCAGCUGGUGGAGUAUCUGAAGCUGAAGGCAGAUGGGCUUAUCUACUGCCUGAAAGAGAUUUGUCCUAAUGCCAAUGCUUCUACUGCUGCUGUGGUUGCUGCUCCCACGCUUCCUGUCCAUCCUUCUAUGCCUAGAAGGAAUGACACCCUCAACUCUGAUGGAUAUACCCCUGAGCCAGCUCGUCUGAGCAAGAGUCGAGGGGAGAAGUCUCGGGUCCUGCCCAUGGACACCAGCGUGUAUGAGAGUCCCUACAGUGACCCCGAGGAGCUCAAGGAAAAGAAACUCUUUCUGAAAAGAGAGAACCUGAUUAUCGAUGAGGUGGAGCUGGGCUCAGGAAAUUUUGGCUGCGUCCGCAAGGGAGUCUAUAAGAUGAGGAAGAAGCAGAUUGACGUGGCCAUCAAGGUGCUUAAGAGCGCCAAUGAAAAGGCAGAGAAGGAAGAGAUGAUGAAGGAGGCCCAGAUCAUGCACCAGCUGGACAACCCCUACAUUGUGCGAAUCAUCGGUGUGUGCAAGGCUGAGGCCUUCAUGCUGGUCAUGGAGAUGGCCAUUGCGGGGCCCCUGAACAAGUUCUUGUCUGCCAAGAAGGAGGAGGUCCCUGUGAGCAAUGUUGUAGAGCUGCUACACCAGGUGUCCAUGGGCAUGAAAUACCUAGAAGAAAAAAAUUUUGUGCACCGUGACCUGGCUGCCCGAAAUGUCCUACUGGUCAACCAGCACUAUGCCAAGAUCAGUGACUUUGGUUUGUCCAAGGCACUGGCAGCUGAUGAUAGCUACUACACUGCUCGCUCAGCAGGGAAGUGGCCGCUCAAAUGGUACGCCCCAGAGUGCAUCAACUACCGGAAAUUCUCCAGCCGAAGUGAUGUAUGGAGCUACGGAGUCACCAUGUGGGAGGCUUUUACCUAUGGCCAGAAGCCCUAUAAGAAAAUGAAAGGCCCCGAAGUCAUCAAAUUCAUUGAAGAAGGGAAUAGGAUGGACUGCCCUCCUGAGUGCCCACCAGACAUGUACACGCUCAUGAGAGACUGUUGGAUAUUCAAGUGGGAAGAUCGUCCAGGCUUCUCAGAUGUGGAACAGCGCAUCAGAACGUACUAUUAUAGCCUGGCCAGUAAGGCAGAAGGGGUCUCAGAAGCUCCUCAAGCAGCGAAUGCCACCAGUGCCUGAGGAAUAAUCUCCCUUUCUCUGGAUUUUCUCAGACCUUCCCAGAUCCUGGCCCUGCCCCUUGCUUCUUCUCAGAGAGGCUUGUCCCUCUGUGUCUCCUAUUCCAGCAAGAACACUUCCCCUUCCCUUCAGAUGCCUGAAAUUCAUUGUCAUUUGCAUCCCCUUCCCUCACCACAGAACUGAAAACUCCAGGUUUUGGGAUGAAUGUUCUGCAGAAAAGCUAGGUUCCUUUCUGCACUUUUUCCCUGGAUGCUCAGGGCUUGUGGGACCUUGAAGGCAGGACUGGUCCUAUCUCUCUGCCUUCUUUGAUGGACUUGAGCUUCAGUUCCAGAUUCCUCUCUACUGGAGCUGGAUGGGAGCUGGUGGGGAUGGUGUGGGAUGGUCUUUAGAGGGCCGUCAGACCUAAAUUGAAGGUCCACGGGAAACAAGGCAGAAGCUUCAUAUCAGUGAAAUAAACUCAGCUAUUUCUCUGUC